AUGGGAAAGAUUAGAGGAAGAGCCAUCAAGAACGCAGCAAAGAGCGUUGUAGAGAAAUAUUUCAGCAGAUGCAGCGUAGACUUCGAGAACAAUCUGGCACUGGUGAAGGACGUGACAGUCACCCAGAACAAGAAGACAAGAAACUGCGUGGCUGGAUACAUCACACACCUGAUAAAGCGCAUUCAGAAGGGAGAGGUGAAGAACGUGCACAUUAAGGCGCAUGAGGAGGAAAAGGAGCGAAAAGAGUCAUUCAUCCCAUCAGAGGGCGUAAUGGACGUAGACAAGAUGGACGUGGAUCCAAUAACACUGAGAAUGCUCCAGGACUACGGAAUCAUGGGCAACUAUGUUGCAGCAGAAGAUGCAACCUACUACUAA